AUGGGGGAACCUGCUCCUGCUCCGGCUCCGCCGCCGGAAUCGGCAGAGAUGGUGCAGGAGAUCCUGCUCAAGCUGCCCACCAGGGACGUGAUCCGCUGCUGCUGCGUCUCCAAGCUAUGGCGCGGCGUUGUCGCCGACCCAACUUUCCGAACCCUCCAGGCCGAGGCCGAGGCCGACCACGUCUCUUCCGCGCCCCCUAAUGCCUUGCUCGUCACGGUGACGCGGGCGGCCGGCAGGCCCGACGAGGCCAGCCUCCACGCCGAGGCCGAGGCCGGUCUCCUCGCUAAAACCUAUGGCCUUAUCCCUCCCGAGGCGCUGUCGUUCAUCUGCAACCCAGUGACCGGUGAGACGGCGACGGUCCCCAAGGCGCCUCCGCCCGUGGGGCUCCCGAGCGGCACUGUGUACCAUCACUUUGCCCUGGCGUUCAGCCCAUCCACCAAGGAGCACAAGCUGUUCCGGUUCACGUUCUCGCCCUUCUAUGGCUUCUAUGGGGACAACGGGGACAACGUGGACCAGAGCGUGUUCACCUUGGACGGUGCUGCCGGUAGCGGCGGAUGGCGCCAGCACUCGUUCCGCUCUCAAUGUCCCCUGUUGCUCGCGUUUCGCCCGUUGCUCAUCCUAGGCAAGCUCUACCUGGUUACCACCAGCCAGACACGCCCAGAGAAGCGCCAGAAUCCUGGCGGGUUGAUUGAGGUCAACGUGGCGACGGAGGCAUGCCGUACGCACCGUCUUCCGUUCGAGGCUGACGAGUAUCACCCGCUGGUGAACGCCUGCGAGAUGAGCGGGCGAUUGUGCCUCGCCGUAGAUAUCGUCAGGGCUUAUGAGACCAUUGUCCGGAAGAUCCAGUUCUGGCUGCCGCCAACGCCAUCCAACUGCCAAUGGAACAUCUUCGGAGGUUAUCGCCCCAGCCUGCUCUCGCCCCUCGCCUUGCCACCGCCGCCGUCCUCUUGGGACGGCGAGGAGGAAAGACAAAAAUUCGAGCACGCCUUGUUGCUUACACUAGAGUGA